AUGCCAAAAGACAUUGAUCUGUCUUUAAACGAAAAAGAAUUUAUCCUUGAAGCGUUAAAUAACAAUCUUAGACUUGAUGGGCGAGGAUUUGAUGUUUGGAGAGAUCUAAAGCUAAACUUUGGAAAUUCUUAUGGACAUGUAGAGCUUUCACUUGGAAAGACAAGAAUUUUCGUUCGUAUCUCAGCAGAAAUUACAGAACCUUAUCCAGACAAGCCUUAUGAAGGAAUCUUCACAAUUGAUAUAGAAAUGACACCAAUUGUGUCUUCUUUUGAGUCUUGGAGACUUUCAGAAGAAAUGACAGUUUCAAGUAUUAUUGACAAAGCAAUAAGAAGAUCUCAUAUGUUAGACAAAGAAUCUCUCUGUAUUAUUUAUGGAAAACAAUGUUGGAGUAUACGUGCAGAUGUCCAUUAUUUAGAUCAUGAUGGAAACCUUAUAGAUGCAACAUCUAUUGCGGUAGUUGCAGCAUUAUAUCAUUUUAAAAAACCAGUUGUCACUGUAGAGGGAGAAAAAGUUAUUGUGCAUUCCAUUGAAGAACGUGUUCCUGUUCCACUUAUUUUAACACAUAUUCCGAUAUCUAUUACAUUUAGUUUUUUCAAUGAAAAUCAAAUAUCACUUAUGGAUACAACAUUACAAGAGGAAAAGUUAAGGGAAGGAAGCAUGGUAAUUACUUUAAACAAAAACAAAGAAAUUUGUCAGAUAUCAAAAGUAGGAGGAGUCAUUUUACAAACAUCACAUAUUCUUAAAUGUCUACAACUUGCAUCAAAAAAAGCGUUGGAAAUAACAAACUAUCUUAAUGAAAAAUUAAAAGAAAAUGAGCAAUCUACAAAUAGUAUUUAUGAUAAAAGGUAA